UGGUUACAACGUUGGCGAUACAGAAAUGCAUAGUCACAGACUGAGUAUGUAUUUAUCACCAGAGACCAGUUCCUCGAUACUGUUAUGCAUGACAAAAUAAACAAUUUUAGGCGUUAUGUAUUGUAUAUCAAUUGGGCGUAUAAACAUAGAACUGUGCCUAGAUCAGAACAUAACAAAUACUUCAUUCUUACGAAAAUAUCGAUUGUGAGCAGUUUGUACAAUGGAGAAGUUGUGGUUCUGAUGAUUGACAUUAUGCAAAUCUUCUUCAUAUAAUUAAAAGACACUGCGUAAACGGCCCGGCUAUGGUAUAUGUUUGCUGUUUACUAUUCUCAGUGACAUUUAGAGUCAUUGCUAGUUCUUUGGAACGAUAAGUUUGAGUAUCUUCUUUGGAAAUCACAAAUAAGUAGCUGUAGAUAAAUGUUAAAGGUGUAUCAACGCAAGAACAGUCAAUUGAAGGCACAAAGGCAGACGGCCUUAGUAUAUAUUACUUGCGAAAGGGACAAU